ACACUCCGCUCCGGCCGCGCGUGCAACAGGAGCCGCCGCCGCCCGCCCGCGCCAUGGCCAAGGAGGGCGCCGCGCAGGCGGAGGAGACGGAGCAGAUGAUCGAGGCGGAGGGCGCCCCCGCGGCCGGCGACCCCGGGCCCCCCGGCGCGCGGCGCCCGCCCGACGCCAAGGAGAUGCGCGCCGUGCUGCUGGGCGGCUUCGGCGGCCUCAACAAGCUGCGCGUGGCCAAGCGGGUGAUGCCCGAGGCGCGGGACGGCGAGCUGCAGCUGCGCGUCAAAGCCUGCGGUUUAAAUUUUAUUGAUCUGAUGGUGCGGCAGGGGAACAUUGACAAUCCUCCCAAGACGCCCCUUGUCCCUGGAUUUGAAUGCUCUGGGAUUGUAGAAGCUCUGGGAGAUGGUGUAAAAGGAUUUGAGAUUGGGGACAGAGUCAUGGCUUUUGUGAACUACAAUGCAUGGGCUGAAGUAGUAUGCACUCCAGUAGAAUUUGUCUACAAGAUCCCUGAUGACAUGAGUUUUUCUGAAGCUGCUGCCUUUCCUAUGAACUUUGUAACUGCCUAUAUGAUGCUCUUUGAAGUUGCCAACCUAAGAGAAGGCAUGUCUGUGCUAGUUCACUCUGCGGGAGGAGGAGUGGGUCAAGCUGUUGCCCAGCUCUGCUCAACUAUCCCCAGUGUUACUGUUUUUGGAACAGCGUCAUCUUUCAAGCAUGAAGCAAUCAAGGAUUCAGUAACUCACCUGUUUGACAGAAAUGCAGACUAUGUCCAAGAAGUAAAACGAAUCUCACCAGAAGGAGUUGAUAUUGUUCUGGAUUGUCUGUGUGGAGAAAAUACUGGAAAAGGCCUCAGCCUCCUCAAACCACUGGGGACUUACAUUUUAUAUGGUUCAUCUAACAUGGUGACCGGGGAAACAAAAAGCUUCUUCAGCUUUGCAAAAUCAUGGUGGCAGGUUGAGAAAGUGAACCCUAUCAAGCUCUAUGAAGAGAACAAAGUCAUUGCUGGAUUUUCCCUGUUGAAUCUACUUUUCAAGCAGAACCGAGGUGGCCUAAUUAAAGGUAUAAUGGACAAACUCAUAACGCUGUACAAUGAGAAGAAGAUCAAGCCAGUGGUUGAUUCAUUAUGGGCCCUGGAAGAGGUGAAGGAGGCUAUGCAGAGAAUCCAUGACAGAGGCAAUAUAGGAAAGCUAAUUCUGGAUGUAGAGAAGGCACCCACUCCACUGAUGGCCAAUGACAGUACGGAGACGAGUGAAGCUGGAGAAGAAGAGGAAGACCAUGAAGGGGACAAUGAGAAUAAAGAGCGCAUGCCAUUCAUCCAGUAGCAGCUGAGAGUGGCGGAAGGAAACCAGAAAGAUUGAUUGAGUAGAAGGGAACAAGACUGGGAAAUCUAUUCUGUGCAUCAGUGAACAAAUGCCAUAGUACAGUGUGUAUUGUGUUUGUCUGCAGUCAGCUGAGCUAUAAGCUGUUGAUCAUUGUUGUUUUGAAUUCAAGUGCCAUUCCCAUCCAGUGCAGUAUUAUGACAUUUGUUGUGUGACACCCGAUCUCCCUGUAGGAGUCCCAUUGACUUAUUUUUUUUUCUGUCCCUGUUGAAAAACCUUUAUUAAUGUACUGUGUAAUUUUAGAUGGGCAACAUGCUCAUGAGAAUCCUAUUCACGUAAAUUCUUUGCAAGUUGACAAUGAUGAUCUUUUUGUUGUUGUUGUUGUUAAUUCCCUACUCUAUUGUCUGGUAGAUUCUGGUAAUCAAAGGGAGGGUUUUAAGUUCGUCUGUUUUCAGCAAAAGACAGGUAAAACAUGGUAUUCCUUUGUGAGCCACAAAUAAAGGUUGCAGAGACAAAUUUUGUUCUAAAUCAUGCGACUUCAUCUCAUAAACAAUUCUGUCUUAAUUUAAAAAUAAAAUACCUCAUUUGUAAUUCUAAAUAAUAUAUUGUAGAGUGUGAAAGAAAAUAUGCCAGAAGUCAUUGCUUAAGAACCUUUGAUUAGUAUUGUAUAAUCACUUUAGCCAUUGGCACUACUAAUUAACAGGAAUGAAUGCAUGGUGCCAACAGCCCAGGCUUUAUUGUUGAUCUCCCAAGAUGAUGUUCCCUUUUUCUAUAUGCAAGGAAAAGUCAAUGAGCCACUUCUUGAGACCCAGAACUUUUUAAUCGCACGAUAAUAUUACUGUUUUUACUGAUGAUUCAACAGCACCUCCUUCAAAGCAUCAUUGGGUUGGCUGUCCAAAAGCUGAAGUAACAGUGAGUUCUAAGCGCGGCUUAACCAUAGGGCUCACUCUUUCAUCAAUGGGUAAGACAUUAUUUUGUCAGCCAAGUCGCACUUUGGAAAUCACUAAUGGAUUAACCAACUGUGCAAUGGUGCCGAACUUCUAUGAAGGUUAACCUUUCUGGAAGCAAAAUCAAGGCCUUGCUCUCAUCACCACUCAUGCAUGCAAAUAACUCCCCACAGGUGCCUAGUCCCAUACAACAUCUGCUUGUCUAUGUAAAGUCACUCUUGUGUAAAUGUUGGCAGAAUCAGGCCCUUAUAGACCAUCUCAUGUACCUACCUCCCACUAGUGCAAACUGAAUCAAAACAUGACAAACAAAUAUCAUUUAUCUUCCAUUUUACCCAACUAGCAGAUGCUCAAGUUCCCCCUGAGUCUUAUUAAAAAAGAGUGUAACCACUCACAAUGGAAGCAGUAAAGGGAUAUCAAAGACGUCAUACUCGGACAUCUCCCUUCUGGAUUUAAUAUAUUUUUUGCAUAAGAAAAUACUUCCCCAAAGGCCUAAAGCUAGCAGUGGUAGUUGAUGGAAGUAAAAAAAAAAAAAAAAAAAAAAAAGUUGGGGGUGGUGGGUGAUUCUCAGGCUUUUCUCAACCAGAUAGGAAUGAUAGGUCUGGAUUUGGACUUUGUGGACUUGUCUUUGGAGGGUUUUUUUUUCCCAUUUAGUCAAUGCUGACUGAGUAUUAACGUCCUUCUCUCUAGUGUACUCACACUGUUAUUGCUCUAAUACUAGUUAGUUGUGAAAAAUAUUCAUUUUAAAUGAUUUUACCUCGAGUUGCAAAAAAAAUUACUCAUAAUGAAAAAAAGCAACAAUUUAUAUAAAGGGGGGAAAUGCCAGAAAAAAGUACUUUUUGUUUGAAGUACAGUCACAACAGGAUUUUUUCCUUGAUUAGUCCAUGCAGAGUUUCAGUACAAUGGUAUCAUCUGUUUAUGCCUGUAUUUAUCUACAGUAUCAGUGUUGCAUUAGGCUUGAACUCAGAGAGUCUGUAUUCAGAUACAAUUCAUCCAUUGGGAGUUUUACAGGCAUUGGGAUUGCCAUAUUGAGUCUUUAAAGGAACAGCUGUUUAACUUUCAGUACUCAUAAGCUGACAACCAUAAGACAUAUGGUUUGUUUUAUUUAAAGCUGCUAUAGCCAUGUUGUCCUGCAAUGCACCUAACGCAUAUCCUACGCAUUUCAUGUAACACCAAACUGAGUAGCAAUUUUAGGAUCCUUGAGCUGGCAGCCAAGUGACGUUCUCAAGGCCUUAGAUAACUAGGGCAAGCGAAGUGACAAACCAGUCCUGCUAACACUAGAGUAUUAUUGGUGCUGCAGUUAAAUUUCCCAUUGAGUCAAACAAAGAUGAGUGUUCCUAGAGUAUCUGUAGACAUGAUGGAGGGCAAUGAUCAAAAGAAGCAUUUUUUUCUAGUUAUUUUAUACCAGUUUAGAGGAACUUUUUAAUCUCUAAAACUCCACCAUACAGGCUUAGAAUAACCCCAGUGAGUACAAUGGCAUUCUUCUGAAUCCACUCUACAGUUGAACUACAAAAUACAAUCAUGAUAUAAUUCUGAAUGAACUGAAAGUCCUAUCCUACUCUUUUAAAAUAAUAAUAAUAACAAAAUUUGCAAUGCGCUUCAAUGCAAGCAGCAUGGUUCAUUGAGAGCGGAAACAUGCCCUGUUAGCCUGGAGCAUUUUCUGCGAUUUCACAAAAGGUAGCAUUGCUUUUUUUGGAGUGAUAGAGGGCAUUGUGUAGAAAAGGCUAAUACCGAACAAAAUCUUAUUGCAGUCUAAAUGAAGGUUUGCAUUGAUCACUUACUAACACUGUCAUUUAAACAACUUCUCUCUAGAUAAUUGGAUGGUUUCCUCAAGUGAAACAAAUUAUUUCUCAAUUUGCCUUAAAGGAACUGUGAAAGCUUCUCUUUAACUUAAGCCUGAUUGAAGUGAACUGAAACAUUGUUUAAUUGUAUUUGUUGCUUUAGAGCUUUUGUUAUAUUGUGCCUACAAAGCAAAUUGUUUACAUAAAAAUAUAAAUAAAAUAUUAAGCAUAGCAUUA